AAUCUUUGCCGCGUGCGGUUCGUUGAUCGGUGUUGUGCCUUCUCGUCGUUGUCGUCUCUUUCGGUUUCGGUGUGUGUAUUCUAUCUCUCUCUCCCUUUCACACACUCGAGCGGAUUUUCCACCUUUGGGUGGCUGUGGAGUGGAACGGUGAUGUCGUCGCGGUGUAAAAUCUUCUACUCCUACGCUUUCGUCUAGGAGGAGUGCUGAUGCCAUUCGUGGAUCUAUUUUCUAUCCCCACAACAUCAUCUCACAGUAUUUCGGAAAACGGAGCAGAAUCUCAAAAUAAAUGCACCCACGUUAUCGAAUUGUGAUUUGAGACGAACCGGUUGUUCCGGACCCAAAAGUCGUUGGAGCCAUCUUUCCAGCGGGAGGAAUACUUUAUACUUUUCGAAUCGACUCCGGUGGAAUUUCUGGUGAGAUAACCGAAGAGCGCCAGAAGAAAGAAAGAAGUGAAUGCAAGUGCUGCAAUAAAUAACCUUGGAGCACAUCUAUACCUAGCACCUUCCUAUAUCCUAUGGGGAGAAAAGUAAAAGUUUCAAGUGGAUCUGUGAAAUCGAGGAAAAUUUGAAUUUGCAUCACCGGUUGUGCUCUGUCUAGCAGGAAGCAGAAGAAGAAGAUACAUGAUUAUUACGAUGUGAAUUUGUUUGUUUUGUGCUGAAACGAGGAAAUAUCUGCUGCAGAAUGAUGUUGAUGUUCGUGUGUCAUAUUAUUGAUGCUUCGAAUAAAAUGUGAAUCAACGAGUUUUAUGGCGAGACGAGGAAGAAGCUGCGAAAUAGUGAUCUGAUUAGUGAAUAGAAUAUUGAUGUUGUGAGCGAUUCAGUUUAUAACAGAAGCAGCUAUUGUAUUGAGUUUAAGUAUUUUGAUGCUUCGAUUAUGAAGGAAAUGAAACAAAUGGCUUGAGCAGCGGAACGCAAGCCAAGGACUUGUAGCGUAGUAGUGACCUAGUAGUAACCUAGUGACUGACGUCGAACUCUAAUCUUCCAAUCAUCAAUGCAAAAUGGCGCUGGUAAUGCUGCCUUGCGAUCUGCCUUGGUGGUCGAAUGUCCAGAAGAAACUCGCCCAGAUCGAGGAAACCCCAACGCUGGAGGUCGUCCUGGAUGUAAUGCAGAAGCUGCACGAACUCUGCAAUGUCAGUUUGGAUCCGGACGACGACGGCAAGGACCAGGGGGUGUUCGAUGGGCUGCGGCAUUUCAUCGAGCAGACGCUAACUGAGGAGGAGCGAGCGCACUUCCUGAACCAUACCGUCAAACAUAUCGCCAAGCAUGCGCGGAACCUGAAGCUGCACCGUCCACCGCGGGGACUGAGUUUCAGUCUACAGCAGCAGUCCGACAGCUACGAGCUUAGCUACCGGCUGGUGGCAGCCCUCAUAGCCAAUGCCUUCUUCUCCACAUUUCCAAAACGUACUGAGAAAACUCAUCCCACGCUACAAGACUUCAAUUUUACGUAUUUCUUUAGAGGAUUAGUAGAGAGUAAUGUACAAAAGGCCAAAUUUAGAAGCUUCCUUAACUAUUUCGACUGGCUCGAAGCCAAUCCGGAGGUGCUUCAGGGAACGCUAAAAGUUAACAGGAAGGUCAUGACCGGAAAGCAGUGGCUAACGAUCGAGGACUGGCUGGAGUGUGGUCUUCCACUGUGCGACGUAGAAAUCAAGCACGAGGGUCGAUUGGACAAAGCCAGUUCCGAUACGAUGCAGACGGUGUUUGCCAACGCUCGGUUGGGUGGUGAUGUCCUAGCAUCCGGUGAUUCUCAAGAAUCCCUCCAGUUCUUUACAUUUCCGGAGAUGUUGGCUGUGCUGUUGUACGUGGAGGCCUUAGAGGAUAACGAGUCGCUACAGGUAGAAAAUGCCCACCAUACAGCACGGAUAGUGGAUCCCAAGGGCAAGGCUCUGUUUGAACCGAUCGAGCAACCGAAGAAGACCUCAUUGUGCUGUAUUGAUGCCGAGAACUACCGGGCAAUUCCAUCGCAUCAGUUCGAAGAGGAUGACAUCCUCCGUGAGUUGAACAAGUGCCUUUUAGCGUUUAGACAGAAUACGACUUGUCCGGUGGUGGAGCCAAGACCGGCCGAAAAACAACGUCCGACUCGGUUAGACCAGCUGGAAACUGUAUCCAGUAAAGGUAGAUUAUCUCCCAUCGGGGAGCGGGACCGGGAAGGUUCGACUCCUGGAUCGCCGGACGUUUUUACGACGAUCUUCAUAAAGCAGCCUACACCGAACUCGAAGCGUUCCAGUAGUGAUUCGAAUAAGCUGGAGAAAGACAUCAAUAAGCGACGGUCUUGGCUUACGCCAGAUCGAAAUCUAGGAGGAGUAUCAUCAGUGGCCAGUACGACCGGCUCGACGAGUGGAGUUCUGACGGGAGGUCCUCGAGGACGGUUUAUUAUUCUAGGAUCAUCCGGAGAAUGUCUUCCAGUGAAUCGACAUCCUCUGAGGAUUCCAAUGCUGAAGGAUUCGUUUUCUAGCUGUGAAUCGAGUAACGACGAGUUUCAUAGUGCGCGUGAUAGUUUCGACGAGGACGAUGAAGAUGGGCUGCGGGCGAGGAAGUAUUCAACCGAGUUGGACACUCCGGAGAGGAGAUUUACAUUUGCUCAACGACUGCGGGAGGCUCUUCAGGAUAGUAAUUUACCAUCCGGGAGUACCGAGGAGGAUAGUAGCUAUGCCGUAGGAAUUAGUGUUAGUGGAUCGCAGACGAAGGAUCAGGAUAUUAGGGUUAAGAGAGGAGGUUCGUGUGGAUUUGUGCUGGAUGGAUCGAUGGGCAGCACGUCCGAAGAGCGGGAGUGGUUCGAUCGAUGUAAGAAGAAACAUAAUGGGAUUUUGGAGAGAAACGAAACAAACGAGUCUUCCAGGUACAGCUUCGAUUCGGAUCUUGGAUCGGAGCUGGAGGAGGUGUACGAAAAGUUUGCCAAAUGGUUAGAGGAACCUAUCAGUAGUGAAAAGCCGAAGAAACUGGACGCUCGUGAUGAAGCUGUUCUGCGGUUUGCCAAUUCGCUGUUGAAGCGAACACUCAGCGAAAGCUUCGUGGGAAUUCCAUUUACCGAGGACGGUAUGAGUGAGGAGAAAAGUACGGAAACUUCGGCGACGCGGAGUAACGGAUCGCAAAAGGAGAAGGUAGUACUGAACGUGAGAUCGUUAUCGUUGGAGUUGGCCAAACACAAGCACAAACUUGCAGCACAAUUGCGCAACGAGUAUCUAGCCCUGGAGCCGGCCAAACUCUUCAAAUGUCCCAACAUACAGCUGAAUCAGACCGACCAGCGGAAGCUGUUGCACAGAUUGCGUUCUAGUAGUUCGAUCUGCUCAACGACGUCCGGGCCACGUCCGAUGGUUCCGCCUCGGGCCAAGAAGAAGUUCCGGAAGAGGCCAAUAGAACGGCAGUCCUCUCUGAAGACCCGACUGCAGAACUUUAAACCGAACUGGUCCGUUUCGUACUACCAGGACGUCAAGUGCGAAGAUGUCACCCUGAAGAUUUCACAGCUAGCACAGAAACGCACAUUCAACGUCAAUCUGCGGCCAGUGGCUACCGGAAACUGGGGCUGCGGAGAUUCCAAACGAGGUGACGUCCAGCUGAAGAUGGUUAUCCAGUGGAUGGCGGCCAGUGUUGCCGGUUUGCCGUACUUGAUCUACUACACGGCGGGGAACGAGAAGUUGUCGAAGCUGGACACCGUCUGUCGGGUGCUCAAGGAUCGCAAGUGGACCGUCGGGGAGCUCGCCUCGGCCACCCUGUCGCACGCUCGGGACAUCCUCGAGGAUCCCUUCUACUACAACAACGAUCGCAACUAUUGUUCCUACUUCGAUAAGCUGAUUGGCAUCGAGCGGACAACGGGACAGUAAAAAAUCAUCAUCCAGUCACACGCCAAACACGGACAAAAUCUCAACUCAAAAGACAGUUGCACUCUCAUGCAGUUUCAUGGUAGAACUAGCCGGAAGAAACCAAGUCAACAAAAGAAGCAAUAUUUAUUGUUAAUGAUCUGAAAUGACCCCUGGCCAAGUUGAGAGGGGUGAAUACUUGAAAUCUUUAAAAAUGAGGGAUGUCACCGUUAUAACAUUAAUCGAUUGAUUAGUAAUUGAUCGUUUCACGACAUCCCUACGUUUAAUGUUAGAGAGCAUUCAGGUCGAACGAAAAUAUAAGCCAUUUUUACACACACAAAAAAAAAACAUACGAAGAAGUCUUCCUCCGACGACUUAUUAUAAUGAAAACAUGAUAGCUCUGGUUUUACAUACAUAACAAGACAAGCGAGCAACAGGAGAAAGGCAAAAGUAGUGAUCAAUUUUGAUAGAUAGGCAUUAUGGGAAAAGACUUAUUCGAAUCACCUUAGCUGCUGCAUCCUUCUCAGUUCAGUUCGAUCCUCUGUGGAAGAAAUGGAAGUAGGCAUACCGAGUUUUAAGUCAGAACCCAAAUUAGUAGCUCAUUAUACUUAAUUAGCCUUAGUGCUAUCCUUCGACCGUGUCAAUAUUCAAAUUGCUAGCGAAGUUACUCAAAAUUACCUAUAAGUAAGCUAAACCAGACGAACCCGAUGAUUAACAGAGACAGAUUUCAAAAACCAAGAAUGCUAUGAUGGAAGAAAAAGAAAGUCGAAACGAUUAGCUAACAUGUUAUGUAAAAAUAAUAAAUAUUAGGAAACCAUUAUACAAAGUACGUUUUAUAUAGAACUAUUGUACGAGACGCUUACCAAACAGGAGGAAAUAAAAUGAAGCAGACAAAUAUGAA